AUGAAGACUCUCAUCAAACAACAAACUGGCGCAGCAAAUUUACUUGUAAAUUUUAUGUCAAAUUUACGCAAAACUGCUAAAAAUAGACAAACCAAAGGGUUUCUAACCGGCCGCCGAUCACUGCUUUGCCAGUAUUGGGAAAAAUACGUCAAAAUCUAUGACGAAGUCUCAAACGCUGCUGACGAUGCCAGCACUAUUGAGCUGGCACAGCCGGCUUUGGACGCGUACAACGAAAUCGAGCGCAUCUACACCGAAACAUUGGGGGAGCUGUACGAUAUGAUUGAGGCAACGAGCUCCCCUAUCAUUACGGAGUCACCAACAAUUCCUGCAACUGCUGCGUAUCCGGUUCAUAGCCUUCCACCAAUUAAACUACCACCUUUCGAUGGGUCAUUUUUGCGCUGGUACCCCUUCAAGGAUUUAUUCACGUCGAUCGUCAUCAAAAAUCGAAACUUGUCAGACACGCAGCGCUUGCAGUAUUUAAAGGACAGUCUCAUUGGCGAAGCGAAAAACUCACUGGAUAACAUUGCUACAACAGACGGUAACUUCACUGUCGCCUGGUGCUUGCUGGGGCGCAAAUUCGACAACAAACGCAUCAUUAUCAAUGCACAUCUAACCGAAAUUACAAAUUUGCAACCGAUACGAAGAGAAUCCGCCGCCAAUUUGCGAUCAUUGAUUGACAGUGUCACCGCAUCGUUACGUGCAUUAGAACAACUUGGUCGUCCGGUAGCUCACUGGGACGACUGGCUCAUCUACACUGUUGCACACAAGCUUGACAGUGCCUCUGUACGUGCGUGGGAGCUGUCUAUCUCCUCCAAUAACACACUUCCAACUUUCGAUGAUUUACGUAUUUUCAUCGAAAAUCAAACCAAAUCAUUGGAAGUCGUGCAAAGCUUCGCAGAUUCUAAACCAAGUAAUUUACAGUCGAAGGACACUACAACUACCAAAUCCAAACAACACGGUUUGAAAGGGUACCACACUACUGAAGCGAGUUGCCCUUGCUGUUCUAGCAAGCACUACAUCUUAUUUUGUACGGACUUUCGUAACCAAACGCCCCAGCAGCGAUACAAGACAGUACAGCAAGCAAGCCUGUGCAUGAACUGUUUGCGCUCUGGUCACAAAGCUCAUCAGUGCUCGUCAAAACGCCGUUGUCAAAAAUGCAAUUCGGCUCACCACACUAUGAUUCAUGAGUACUGCGCAAACAACCAACCGACUCCACCUGCGACCAUGAAAUCUUCGUCAGCAAGCAACCAAAGUCCUAUAUCCACAUACAACGCAUCCAUCACUCAGCAGACCUCUUCGGUUGUUCCUCUGGUGCUACUCGGAACAGCGUUAGUCGAGCUGCAUUCUAACACCGGUCACACCAUGGUACUACGCGCUUUGUUAGAUAGCGGAGCUGAAGCCACCUUUAUCAGUGAAUACGUAGUAUCCCAGCUUAAACUAUCGAAGUCGCCGCUGCGUAUUCCAUUAAAUGGAGCUAACGGUCAAAGGUUGGCUACAACCACUGGCUCGGUGGAGUUUUCGCUACGUUCAACUAUUUCCACUUUCGAAAUGCGCUGCACUGCUCUAGUAUUGCCACGCGUAGUAAACCUGAGUCCAUCUGUGAACUAUCAUCCUGAACACUUUAAGCCGUUUUGGGACCUUAAACUUGCCGAUCCUAAAUUCGCCAUAUCAGGAGCUAUCGACGUCAUUUUGAGUGCUGGUGACUACGCCACAAUCAUGCUCAACGAUAUCAAGCGUAGCCCCAACACUAAUGUCAUCGCACAAAAUACGCAAUUAGGAUGGGUUAUUUUCGGCAGCCUACCAGAACGAGGUAACUCAUCAAUGAAGGCCGCUUAUGACUCCUAUUGCACUAGACUGGAGCUAGAUGUACUUCUUCGUCGAUUCUGGGAGCAGGAAGAGGUAGCCGUGCAACAAACCUUAACUAAAGAUGAGAUAUUCUGCAACGAGUUCUUUGAAUCUACUACGCAACGCACUGAGACAGGUCGGUAUGUGGUACGACUCCCGGUCAAAAAUGAAUCGGGCCUUUCUCAACUUUCAUCAACACGAGAGGCUGCACUAUCGUUAUUAAGUACCAUGGAACGCCGUUUAAAUCGAGAUGCCUCAGUACGCAAACUAUACCACGACUUCAUGUCCGAAUACUACAAACUUG